GAGGAGCCCUACCCACGCAUUAUUGCAAAUAACAGUAUAUUAAUUCGCGAUCAUCUCAUAAACUUAUUAUACAAAAGACACUAGCGGUAUCAGCUAUUUGCCAGCAUCAAACAUGAGUGAUUCUAUACACAGUCUGAGCCCAGUGCCCCCGGACCAGUCUAACAACAGUAGCAUGGACUCUUUGAUAGUGUCUGACUCCAGUGAGGACAUUCUUGACCAAGUGAGCGAGGAUGAGCUGUUCGACACGAAACCAGCAGAGCAAGAUGCAGGAACUGCUGCAGUAGCCGACCCUAAGGAGCCUGCUAGUGGGAAAGAGGGUGGUGUAAGAAAGAGGAGGAAGAGCAGGGAAAGAAAGAUCAGUAUCAGUGCAGAUCACAGCAAGAGAAUUGCUGGAGUCAAGAUGGAAGUAUUAAAAGAGGGCUCUAUCAUGCAGCACGGGAGCUUUCAGAGACUUGUCAAGAAGUACAUCACAAUCACUUGUGACCGUCUGUACAUUGCCAAGAAGAAAGAAGACAAACUACACGAAGAGGUGGUUCUCAAGGAUGUCAAAGUGGCUGAGAAUAGCAGUCGAAACGUGAACAACAGUUUCACAGUGUUGACUCCCUUCCAGCAGCUGAGUCUGGCAGCUAGCUCUAGGAAGGAGAUGGAGGAAUGGAUCUCUGCAUUCAAACUGGCUGACUCAAAGUCAAAGCAAAUGGGUGUUUUGGAGGCCAUUCAGCACUUGGAGGGUCAGCACAGCUGGUUUGCUUGCUCCCACCCUCGGCCCACCUACUGCAAUGUGUGUCGAGAGCAGCUGCACGGUGUGGCCUGGCAUGGUCUCUCCUGUGAAGUGUGCAAGUUCAAGAGUCACCGCAGAUGUGUGUUCACUGUACGCACUCCUUGUAAGUGGACCACAAGGAGCAGUGUCUCUGCAGCUGGUGUUGACCUCGAACAAGAUUUUUCGAUUCCCCAUGAAUGGAUUGAGGGAAAUCUCCCGACGGGGUCAAAGUGCACCGUCUGUGAUCGAGCUUGUGGAACAGUAAGGAGGCUCAAAGACUUUCGUUGCAUCUGGUGCAAGCUGACAGUGCACACUGAGUGCAAGUCCCAGCUGGAGCCGAUAUGUACCCUGGGGGAACACAGGCUGUCUAUUCUACCCCCGUCUGCCCUCCAGCGCUCGGACGCCAUCAGAGAAGGAAUGUGGGAGCCAUACAAGGUCUACGGUCACAGUCCGGUUCUGGCACUGGUUAACUCCAAGAGUGGUGACAACCAGGGAGUCAAGUUCUUGAGAAGACUCAAGUUCUGGCUCAAUCCUGCACAAAUCUUUGACCUUGCAAUAUCUGGGCCUGAAUUAGGCCUCCAGCUCUUUCAAAGGUUUGAAAAGUUUCGAGUCCUUAUUCUCGGUGGAGAUGGCAGUAUUGGAUGGGUCCUCUCAGCCAUUGACAAGCUCAACCUGCAUUCAAAGUGCAUGGUAGGUGUGGUUCCACUGGGCACUGGCAAUGACAUGGCGAGGGUGCUGGGUUGGGGGGCUCAAGCCACGGACGAGGAGAAGAUCCCUCUCAUUCUCUCGGAGAUGGAGCAGUCCACGUUCAAAUUGCUCGAUCGCUGGAGCGUGCACUACUCCCCUCAACCAAACGUUGACAUCUCACACCUUCUUAGCUCACACAGUCCGCUGAAAGGUCGCUCAGUUACCAUGAGUCCCCACCCCCUGUCCACGGCCACUACCCCCCACGUGCAUAUAGUUGCCCCGUUUCCUGGUCCAGCUGUCUCUAUUGGAGACGCCGUGUCACCCUCCACUGACUCUGUGUUUAGGCAAAACUCUGUCUCCUCCAACGAGAGUAGCGAAGGAUGUCGUCAGUCUCCCCCAGUCAUCACUGAGCAAGCUCACAACAGCUCACAGCCGAACGUAGAAGUGGAGAUAACAAAUAGAGAGAAGAAGAGUGUCAGGAACGAUAAUCGUGAGAGGGGAUCAGUUUGCACAAGCCCUGAGGACCUCGUAAAGAUUGAGGCCUUCCACAGCUCCAUAUCUGAGCUGGCUGGUCACUUCACAACCAUCCUGUUCUCAGAGAGUGGGGAAGAAGUGAUUUCCUCUUCUCUAAUGUUAGGGCAGGUAGUUACAGACUUCCUUUGCUCUAUUGUGGCGGGGGCAGAGGACCAGUUGCCGACUGCUGAGUUCCAGACCGACCCAGUGGUUCAGAAAUGUGUGAUUCUUCAAGACAAACUCAACGCUCUCCUCUCUAACCUCAAGAACGAGACCCAGCCUCAGAGCGACGAGGGGAAGACCAAGGAGAAGGACUUUGUGGCCAGAGAAACUGUAAUGGCCCGUGCUAACAGCUUAAAGAAAGCACUCAGAGGAGUCAUUGAUGUGACUGAGAAAGCUCUUGAUGACUCCACGGAACAAGUCCCCCUCUCUAUGGUGGCAGAGGAGGAAGGACAACGACUAAGCUCCGGUUCUGCUUCGUCUCAUGAUGGAAUUGAACCACUGCAGCAGUCUGAUACCAUGUCAUCCAGUGACGGAUCGGGGACAGGAACAACCAGCAAAGACAUGUUUCUCCCUCUUCCCCGCAAAUCAAUCACCUCCCAGCACUCUGUUGUUGAUUUGUCUCCAAGUAUACCGAUGAUGAAAGAGCUCUCGUGCAUGAACAACUACUAUGGUAUUGGACUAGGCGCUCACGUAGUCUACCAGUUCAACUCUGCUCGAGAUAAACACCCUGAGCAGUUCAGGAGCCGUGCUAGAAAUAAGCUGAAGUACGGUUACAUUGGUGGGAAGGAGUUCUUCUUGAACAGUCAGCGCUACCUUGAGAGACGGCUCCAGUUGGAGUGUGAUGGAGAGAUCAUCAAACUGCCCCAGCGAAUGCAAGGACUUGUUUUCCUCAACAUCCCUAGUUACAUGUCCGGGACAAAUUUCUGGGGCACAGAGAAAGAGAAGGACGGUUUCAGCGCACCCUCUCAUGAUGACAAACUGAUGGAGGUGGCGGCCAUUACUGGAUUCUCUCAUCUGGCCACCGCAAUGGUACUUGGUAUCCAGAAUCGGCGACUGGCUCAGUGUCGAGUGGCCAAGAUUGUCCUGUUGGGUCCGGAUAAGGUCCCAAUGCAAGUGGACGGGGAGGCGUGGCUACAGGAUCCCGGCACCAUUGUGGUGUCGCACAAGAACAAAGCCAGAAUGAUUGUCAAAGAUAAGGCAUUCUCGCAGUCACUGGAGCAGUGGAGACAGAAGACUAUCCAUACCCAGGCAAGCACCUCCCAACUCCCCCACCCUCACGACAUAUUCUCCUCUGUGCACGAGUUGCUCAGCCCAGAGCAGAUAGCCAAGUACAAGGAGUUGGCAUUCAGCGUGCAGCCAUUAGUGACUAUUAUCACCAAGGAGAGUUCACUGAGCGCAUCAGUGAAAGCAGACCUUCUUCCGUACGUCUCUAACGUGGCUACCUCGAUGAAGAGGAUUGUUCAAGAUGACCAAUUUUCGGAAACAGUGAACAUUACACACCUGCAAGACUUUGAGCAAUAUGUGAAGGCCUUAGUCCAAGAGACCCUCUGGUUCUUAAACAUGCAAAAGGUGUCAAGUGGCCAUGAAGAGGAGAUGAGAACUAUAGUUCAGGAUGUGGAGACUCAAAUGAGAAAGAUUGUGUCCAUAGGCCUCUCAGAAUGUUCCAUGGCCCACCAUAAUUUUCGUCGUGCUUCUGACACCCUUCUGCUGAAGACCAAUCAAGACGAAGCAGUGGGGAGGAAUCCUCACAGACAAAGGUCUCAGCUCAUCCCAGAUGUCACCAUUCAGGCAGCCACCAUUGCCAAGAAGAUAGGGAAAGAGGUUUCAAUGUGGGACUCAGAUGAUGUGUGUGACUGGCUGGAGGAGCUAAACCUGGGUGACUACUGUCAGAACUUCAGAGAGCACGAGGUGGAUGGCAAGCAGCUGUUGAACCUCAACAUGUCCGAUUGGCAGGUGUUUGGUGUGUCAAAGAUUGGUCAUGUGACUCGCCUGAGGCAAGCCUUGCAGGCACUUAACAGUAACUCCCCCUCUCUGUCUAGAGUCAGGGACACUAUUAUGUAACCAUGUGACCCCCCCCCUCUAUCUCAUGAUUACAUAAUUAUAUAGCUUGUUUGUUGAUUUCAUGUACUGUGUAUUUGAUUUCAUGUACUGUGUGUAUAAUAAUGAUUGUUGUUUGCAAUAAAAAAUUAAGAAAAGAAAAUAAAGUUGACAA